AAGGUUUAGAAGGGAAAGAAAGAUUUAAAUGGAAUUUGGUGGGGGGGGAAUUCUUCUUCAUGCAGAGGGGGUGUGUAUAUUGAAUUGGCUGCCAAAGGAAGUAAUUGUGGCAGGCACAUUAAAAAAAUUAAAAAGACACUUUUACAGGUAGAUGGAUCGGAAAGAUUUAGAGGGAUGUGGAUCAAGUUGACAUUGAUAGGAAGUAAAACUGGGCUGAGAAGUGGCAGAUGGAGUUCAACCCAGAUAAAUGUGAGGUGGUUCAUUUUGGUAGGUGAAAUAUGAUGGCAGAAUGUAGUAUAAGACAGAAUAGGACUCUUGGCAGUGUGGAGGAUCAGAGGUAUCUUGAGGUCCGAGUCCAUAGGACACACAAAGCUACAACACGGGUUGACUCUGUGGUUGUACUGUGUAUUGACCUUCAUCAUUCAUGGAGUUGAAUUUAGGAGCUGAGAGGUAAUGUUGCAGUUAUAUAGGACCCUGGUCAGACCGCACUUGGAGUACUGUGCUCAAUUCUGGUCGCCUCACUACAGGAAGCACAUAGAAGCCAUAGAAAGGGUGCAGAGGAGAUUUACUUAGAAACAUAGGAAACAUACAGCACAAUACAGGCCCUUCAGGAUGUUGUCUGGAUUGGGGAGCAUGCCUUAUGAGAAUAGGUUGCCUUUUCUCCUUGGAGUGACGGAGGAUGAGAGGUGACCUGAUAGAGGUUGAUGAGAGGCAUUGAUUGUGUGGAUAGUCAGAGGCUUUUCCCCAGGGCUGAAUUGGCUAGCACAAGAGGGCAUAGUUUUAAGGUGCUUUGAAGUAGGUACAGAAGAGAUGUCAGGGGUAAGUUUUUCACACAGUGGUGAGUGCGUGGAAUGGGCUGCCGGUGGCAGUGGUGGAGGCGGAAACCAUAGGUUCUUUUAAGAGACUCCCGAGUGGCUACGUGGAGCUUAAAAAAAUAGAGGGCUAUGGGUAAAGCCUAGGUAAUUCUAAAGUAGGGACUUGUUCGGCACAGCUUUGUGGGCUGAAGAGCCUGUAUUGUGCUGUAUGUUUUCUAUGUUUCUAAGUUCAGGGAAAUGGGACCAGCUUCAAUGGGCAUCUAAGUAAGCAUGGACAAGUUGGGCCAGAGGGCCUGUUUCUAUUCUACGGUGCUGUCAAGACAAACUAGAGUUUCUAGAAAGUAUUGGGACCUAGAGGCAAAAGAAAAUAAAAUUUAAAAGUAAUAGCAAGAAUCCACUAAUAGACCAGAUGGAACCCACUGCCUGAGUGGUGCUUCUGCCCAGAACAUUGGGAGGGGACCCCGCAGCAUCACAGUGGCAGUCCGGGAGCAGUUUUGGAAUCUGAGGUAAGAUGCUGAACUUUAAAUAACCUGAGAGACUGUUUCAUGGAAAAGAGCCCUGCUGUCACUGCGUUUGGGUUAGCGCUAGCUUCGUCACGGGGAUCAUCAUGCGCAGGUGCUACUGGGAAAUGGCGUGAGGUUUAAGAAGAGCUCCAGAAUCUUCGGGGAGGGUUCGCCCAGUUUAAAAACAUAACGGUCUAUUAGAGAAACGGAGACUGUGCAGGUCGGAAUCCGUCUACAAAGUCCGGAGAGGCAGCCAGUUUUUUCACCUAAUGACUAAGGACUAAUGAUUGACUAGUGACUAAUGACUAAUGACUGAUGGAACUAUCAAACUGCCUCACUUGUGAAAAAUAAAAGGAAGAAAAAGGAAAAGAUGUUUGGUCAUUGAGUGGAAUCCGGUUAAAAACUUUCGGGUAGACGCAUUCAAUCUCUUUCAAGUGGGGAAGCUGCACAUGUCCAAAGAAGAACAAGAAACCCAACUCGACAGUACUCUAAGACACAAUGACUCUAUGGAAGAACAUCAGGCCUCUCCGCCUGCACUGUGACCUUUGCAGCAUCGUGUCCAGCUCUGGACAGAUGCUUGGCCAGCAGGCCGGCAAGCUGAUUGACCAGUCACCCUGCGUAUGGAGAAUGAACAAUGCACCCACGCUGGGGUUUGAGUCCGACGUUGGCACCAGGACAACUGUCAGGGUGGUGUCCCACACCAGCUUACCACUCCUACUACAGAAGCAACAGAAUUACUUUGCAGAAGCCAAUGAGACCAUCUACGUGAUCUGGGGUCCCUAUCGGAACAUGCGGCAGGACGGUCAAGGGCCCACAUACAACGAAUUACAGAAGCUGGCCAGAAAGUACCCCCACGCCAAGAUCUACAUGACCACACAGGAACGAAUGAAGUACUGCGACAACAUCUUCAAGCAGGAAACAGGAAGGGACAGGUUAUUGUCAGGUACAUACCUAAGUACUGGCUGGUUCACACUCGUGCUUGCGAUGGAAGUCUGCCCUAAAAUUCAUAUCUUUGGAAUGGUUAAUGAUGCUUAUUGUAGUCUUCACAGGAAUGAAAAACGCAAAAAAAUUCCUUAUCAUUACUAUGAACCUGGGAGUCGAGACGAAUGCGCAGAGUAUGUCAGGCACGAAAAAGCCCACCAUGGAGGUCACAGAUUCAUUACUGAGAAAGCCAUCUUUGCCAAGUGGGCCAAACAUCAUAAUAUAACCUUCUCGCACCCAUCUAGGGAAUUCUCUGACACAGGCGCACAAACGCCGAGGGAGGACUGAAUGUUCCAAGACGCGUUUAGAAGGAAGACAUUGCCACUACUCUAAGUUUACUGUGGAAAACGUUGCUUCUCCACUCUUUGAAUGUGUAGUGAAUGCAUAUGGAUUUAACACAAACUUCUGCACCAUCCCGGAAGGAAGAAAGAGCAAAUAGUUAAGUAUUUAAUGCAUUAAGUGUUUCACAAAUGUACAAAUUAAUCUGGCACUGUGUACUGAAAAGCAGCACUUUAACUCUUUGACAAUGGAAGACUCUACAAUUUUUAACCAGUGUUCUGGAUUUUAAGUGGAGCAUUACCAGGCCUUGUGAGUCCACCCCUUCAUCCACUGCUCAUUCAGGAAGAUCAGGUGGUCUGACAAGAAAUACCAAAAGAUUUGUUGGAGUUCAAUCGUAGAAAGUAGUAGCAUGCAUCAAAAUCAGAAAAGAAACAGCAGUUAAUCUGGCAAUAUCUUCAUGUAACAGGCCAUUGAUAAUGUUGUCAAUGAAGAGUUGCUCACUUCCUGACGUGCUAAGCCCUCUCCAGCACUGACAAAUCACAAGUUAGGAAAAUGUAUGUGUCAUUAGAGAGAAGUAACCAAGCUCUCAGGAAGAAGCUUGAUUGACAAUCCAUCUACCGUCUAAAAUGUAGUAAAUAAGAGUGGAGUAGGCCAAUCAGCCAUUUGGCCCAUCCAGUCUGCUCUGCAAUUCAAAGCAAUCAUUGCCCAAUCUGCUGUCUCAAUAACGUGCUCACACUCUUUCCCAGUAUCCCUUGAUGCUCUUUUUGUUGAGAAAUCUACCUACUCUGAAAUUCAUUGCCAUGGACAGCUGUAGAGGUCAAGUCAUUAAGUAUAUUUAAAGCAGAGGUUGAUAGGUUCUUAAUUAGUAAGGGUGUCAAUGAUUAUGGGGAGAAGGCAAGAGAAUGGAGUUGAGACGGACAUUACGUCAGCCAUGAUCGAAUGGCAGAGCAGACUCGAUGGGCCAAAUGGCCUAAUUCUUCUCUGAUGUUUUAUGGUCUUAUGAUCUACUCCUUAAAUAUAUUGUGUCUUAUCCUGCACCACAGAUUCACCAUCUGCUGAAUGAAGGAAUCUCUCCUCAUCUCCAUCCAAGUUAUCCUGAGACUCUGAUAUCUCAUUUCAGAACCACUAUUCACCACUGUUCUACACAGCCAGAGAAACAUUCUCCUUGUAUCCACUCUGUCUAAUCAGGUUACACUCUGGUCAACUCAAUGUCUCUUUAUACAAUCAUCCCUCCAGCAAUCGCUCUGGUGAAACUGCACUUGGCUCUUUACCUUCAUUAACUGGUUGGUUGGAUGUCCGUCAUGUUGGUGACAGCGCAGGAGAAAUAAAGUGGGAAAGCCUUUGCACCGAGGCAGCUGUACUCUUUUGACCUUGGCAGUCUAGGUCCAAUGGCCCCAUAACUGGGGUCUGACUUGGUUACAGUAGAUGACCAUGUGCCUUGUCAUGCCCUUUUCUCUCUAUGAGGCAUUGCAGAACGGGCUUCCUGGACAUUGGAGCUAUCUUUUGGUCUUACCUGCCCAGUCCACCAGAGGUGACUACAUAUGCUGCCACAGAUCAGCCCCCAUCUCACUGGGGUGUGAGGCCUGCUGGCAACCCUCAGCUGCUUUAGCCUGCCUGUACUGGUGCCCCUGUUGCAGGCAAGCGGCCUCUUGGAGCCAUAGGUGAGAGCUGAGUGUCCAGUGGAAACUAAAGGUGAGUGAACUGCCCCAAAAUGAACACAAGCCCCCUCACCAGAGGUGCUACCCCUCCCUGGAGACCCCAUUCACUCCUUUCCUUGGACCAAAGCAGCACACAAUACUCCAAGUACAUUCUCACCAUGACCCUCUAUAAAUGUAGAAAGACAUCCUUGUUCCUGUACCCAGAGCUUGCAAUAAAUCCAACACGCCGUUUACCAUCAAAGAUUGCAGGGACAAGGCAGAAGAAUGGAUUGAGAAGGAUAAUAAAUCAGCCAUGAUUGAGUGUGGAGAGUACCUGAUCGGCUGAAUAUCCCAAUUCUGCCACUGUGUCUUAUGAUCUUUUGGUCAAAUUUACUUUUGAUAAUGGGUAUAUGAAGACCCAGAAAAUCUUUUGUUUACAUCAACAUUUCCCAAUCUCUCACUAUUUAAAUAAUAUGCCUGCCUUUCAGUGUUUUUCUACCAAAGUGGAACUUCACAUUUCUCUGUGUUAUACUGUUUCUGCCAUAGAAUUGGCAACUCAUUCAUCUUGAAACCUCUCCUCACAUGCAAUCCCAUCCAGAUUUAUGCCCGUCAUCUAUUUUAGAAUUGUUUUAUUUGGUUCCUCACUGAGAACAUUAAGGUAUAUUUCAUAGUUUCAUUUUAUUGUCAAAAUAUGCACGUACAAUACAACUCUGAUAUUUGUCUUCUCCAGAUAGCCAUUAAAUACAGAAAUACCAUGGAUGCUGAUGAAAAAAAAAGACAUCAACUCCCCCCCAACCGGCAGGAAAACGAAAAGAAAUAAAACUUGCAGACCCAAAAAUCCCACCCUCACCUGCAGCAAAAAAAGAUCCAUAACAUCAAUCACCGAGCUCCUACACAAAACAAUCCCCACUUGCAGCAGAUAAAAGCAACAGCAGCACCAAACUCCCAACCCCCCCCUUACACACAAAAAUUAACACAUCACCCACCCGCCAAUUGUUCAAAAGAAAGAAAACACCAAAAAAAGCGAUUGUACAGUCCAACAAUCACACAAAAC